GUCAAUGAUGGCCAGCAGGUUGUCCUGGAUUCACACAAGAACAUCACCAUGGCAGCAUUGUUGCCGGCAUCCUCGGCGGCACCACCAUCACAGGCGGCUCUACAGCAGCUGCACCAGCAACAGUUUACAAGGUCCCAGUCUUCAUCGGCACCGCCCGCCCUUGCCUCUGAUGCAGAUGUGGACAGCAAGGGAGGGGAUAUCAAAGACAGACGGUCGACACGGUCCCUGGAGGCAUUGUUUAAG